GCACGGCCACUGAUGUUUCAGGCAGACUAAAGAUUGUGCACUUCAAGGAUAAUUGUUAGUCUAGACGACGAUGUAUUUCCAUUUUUGACCAUGGAGCCGGAGCUCAAGCAUUCACUGGACUUCUAUUUGUUUUGGAAAGGUAGUGUUCUCUAAAUAAGAACAAUGGCGAGCCUAGAAGAUGUUUUCUUGGAGCAGGAAAUGACAAACUGGUUGAAAGCAUGGCUGGCAUUAAAUAUAACAAAGACCGGCCUACACGAUUUUGUUGACACGGAAGUACAACACCUUCAGUCGAGUAUUUUACAAUCCGUUACAUCGACUUUAGGACUUUCACCAAACACAACAUGCACAAUAUGCUGUACAGCGAACCUUCUAAAAUGCCCCACACACAAAUUGUGUAACAAGGGAAAAAUCAGUCGAGUUUGCAAGUUUCAUGACACGGCUAUCAAACAACCACGACAAUGUCCAGUCCAUAUAUGCGAUGCAGUUCGUGAUGGAAUUGUAAAUUCACAUAGAUAUAAAGGUCCUUCUUGGAAUAACACCUUAGCGGAACAAUGGGCGAGUAAUCAUUGGGAAGUAGGGAAAUGUUAUAUGCCUCCAGAUGGGUAUAUUUCAGUGCGUUCUUUUGAACAAACAGAUUUCAACGGCGUCAUCAGUAUCAUGUUGAAUUGUACACUCUUCGAUAGCAAGUUAUCGUUCAGCAUAGCACCUCAGCUCAGUCCUCCUUGUCCGUUGACAAAGGCUCGUGAAGUAGGUAAAGCUGUCCGCCAUUCUUCUGAUUGUAAAGUAACAAGCGCCGAUCUCCAGGAGUAUGUUUUAACAUUGGUCACCUUACUCGGUGAUUCGAAGGUCCUGAUACAUGACGUUCGUGCCCAUGAUGCUGUCAGAAAAUUAAACCAGUUACAAACUAACAGUUUGAAGCUAUCUGUGACGGAGGUGAGUCAGUUGCUGAAAGACGCACAUCAAACUUUAACACAGGCCAAACAAGUGUCGGAGGAGUCAAAGACCAAAAUGGAAGCCUACAUAGAUAAACUAAAUGUACACGUUCAAAAUCUGCUAGACAAAUGCACAGAGGACAUUACGGAACAUACAAACACAUGCACUGAAAGAUCUAAACGCGAAUUGGAUAUACAUGUGCAAAAAGUUCAUUCAAGAAAGGAGGAGCUGGACUACGAAAAGGCUAUUGACGGUUUGUAUGUUUCUCACAUUAACUUACUCUUAUGAGUGAAACCAUCACAUUUCCAUUUGUAAACGCUCUUUUCAGCUGUUUUAUAAACGUAAUGAAUGUAUACACUUCGGACAAAAUCCCGGUUCAUGUGUCUUAAAUGUAUUUACUCUAAACGAUUCAUAAUUAUGUGUCAAUGUAAAGUAAACAUGGACGCGUACAUUUGAUAAAUAUCUUUGUUUCAAAUGUAUAACAUACUUAGGCGACAGUAUCAAAUACGAUAUCUUAACCAACAUCAAAUGAUGUGUCCGCUAUAACGUUCCAACGCAGUGCAGGAUGUUGAAGAAACGUAACUAGAGUAUGGACUUUUGGUGAAUGAAGGCAUCAGAUGAACAUUUUAUAAUCAAAAUCACUCGCUUUGAUAAACGCUAAAAACCUAAUGUUUAUGUUCGGUGCAAAAUAACGCAUAUUCGCAAACAGAUAUGAAUUGCAUUACAUGAAAACAAUUUGAAAAAAGUGUUGCUGCUGCUGGGGACACAAUGUUCUAUGCAACUCAUUUAAUGGUUAAAUGACAAAUAAAUAAUUGUAAAUAAUAUGUGAUUAAUAAUUUCAAGUACAUAAUUUUGCUUUUCAAUCAUGGUUUUGUAUGAAGUUAUUUUGCAAAUAAAUAUAUUAUAUUUGUUA